AUGAAUCCUCCAGCCUUCAUAGGAGGACCUGAUCUAGUGGCUGUGGAGAAUUGGGCACAGGAGAUAGAGGAGAUCAUGGUUGUACUCGACUGCACAGACGAGCAGAAGGUCUGUUAUGCUGCAUUUAAGAUGACCGGAGAUGUAAAAUGCUGGUGGCUCUCAGUGAAGCUAUUAGAGGAGCAGAAGUUGGUAAAUAUAUCAUUAACUUGGCAGCGAUUUAAAGAGCUGUUCUUUGAUAGGUAUUUUCUCUUAUCUAUCAGAGAGGAAAAUAUUAAAGAGUUUACUAACCUGACCCAAGGGAAUAUGACCAUCAGGGAGUAUGUAGAGAAAUUUGUGGAGCUAUCUCGCUUCGGACUGUUCUUGAUCCUAAAUGAGGCAAGAAUGGCUAGAAAAUUUAAAAAAGGCCUGAGACACAGAAUUUGUGAACUAGUGGUGGGAUUUCAGGUGCAAAAUUUCUCAAACUUGGUUGAUAAGGUUUCGGUGUUGGAAAGGAGCAUUUAG